UCUUUCCCUCCCCCGCCGGCCCGCCGGGCAGUGCCCGUGGGCCGCCGCCACCGCGGGAGUGGGACGGGGCACCGCGGCAUCCUGACUCCCGCAGCCAUGGCCGGGCCCCUGUGCCGCCGGCUCCCGCUGCUCCCGCUGCUGCUGGCAGCCGGGGGGCUGCGAGCGGCGGAGCGGAGCGGUGGCAGCAGCAGCGCCAUGGAGGAGCUCGCCACCGAGAAGGAGGCGGAGGAGAGCCACCGGCAGGACAGCGUGAGCCUGCUCACCUUCAUCCUGCUCCUCACCCUCACCAUCCUCACCAUCUGGCUAUUCAAGCACCGGCGCGUUCGCUUCCUCCACGAGACCGGCCUGGCCAUGAUUUACGGACUCAUAGUUGGGGUGAUCCUGAGGUAUGGGACUCCCUCCACCAGUGGCCAUGACAAACCAUUCAGCUGCUCGCAGGAGAACAGGCCCUUCACCACCCUGCUGGUCAACGUCAGCGGCAAGUUCUUCGAGUAUACGCUCAAAGGGGAAAUAAGCCCUGGGAAGAUCCACAAUGUGGAGCAAAAUGACAUGUUGAGAAAGGUAACAUUUGACCCAGAAGUUUUUUUCAACAUUCUAUUGCCUCCUAUUAUUUUCCAUGCUGGUUAUAGCCUGAAGAAAAGACACUUUUUCAGGAAUUUGGGGUCCAUUUUGGCUUACGCUUUUUUAGGAACAGCAGUGUCUUGUUUUAUUAUUGGGAAUCUCAUGUAUGGGGUUGUGAAACUAAUGAAGUUGGUGGGUCAGCUGUCUGAUAAAUUCUAUUAUACAGACUGCCUCCUCUUUGGAGCGAUAAUAUCUGCCACUGAUCCAGUUACCGUGCUAGCAAUAUUUAAUGAGCUGCAUGCUGAUGUCGAUCUCUAUGCCCUUCUGUUUGGAGAGAGUGUGUUGAAUGAUGCUGUUGCCAUUGUAUUAUCCUCAUCUAUAGUUGCCUACCAGCCAACAGGUGAAAAUACCCAUGCUUUUGAUGCUGCAGCAUUUUUCAAGUCUGUUGGUGUUUUUCUGGGAAUAUUCAGCGGUUCUUUCAUGAUGGGAGCAGUGACAGGGGUUGUGACAGCUCUGGUGACAAAGUUUACCAAGUUGCACUGCUUCCCCCUGCUGGAAACGGCUCUCUUCUUCCUGAUGUCCUGGAGCACUUUCUUGCUUGCAGAAGCUUGUGGAUUUACUGGUGUGGUGGCUGUCCUCUUCUGUGGCAUUACCCAGGCACAUUAUACAUACAAUAACUUGUCAGUCGAAUCAAGAAGUCGCACAAAGCAGCUCUUUGAGGUGUUGCACUUCCUGGCUGAGAACUUCAUAUUCUCUUACAUGGGCUUGGCACUGUUUACUUUCCAGAAGCACAUAUUCAGUCCAGUUUUCAUUAUUGGAGCUUUUGUUGCAAUCUUUUUGGGCAGAGCUGCACAUAUUUACCCCCUCUCCUUCUUGUUGAAUUUGGGCAGGAGGCAUAAGAUCAGUUGGAGCUUUCAGCACAUGAUGAUGUUUUCAGGUCUCAGGGGAGCCAUGGCAUUUGCUCUGGCUAUACGAGAUACUGCUACCUACUCCCACCAAAUGAUGUUCUCAACAACUCUGCUCAUCGUGUUUUUCACUGUGUGGAUUGUGGGUGGAGGUACAACCCCCAUGCUCUCAUGGCUGAACAUCAGAGUUGGUGACCAUGUUCCAUCGGUGGAAGAGAUGAGUGAAAGCCACUGGCUGUAUUUCAGGGUUGGGGUUGACCCAGAUCAGGAUCCUCCACCUACUAAUGACAGCUUUCAAGUCUUACAAGGAGAUGGCCAAGAUUCUGCGCGAAGGAACAGGACGAAGCAGGAAAGUGCCUGGCUCUUCAGGCUGUGGUAUAGCUUUGAUCAUAAUUAUUUAAAGCCAAUUCUCACUCACAGUGGCCCUCCGUUGACCACAACACUGCCCAGCUGGUGUGGCCUGAUAGCCCGCUGUCUGACAAGUCCCCAGGUUUAUGAUAAUCAGGAGCAGCUCCGAGAAGAGGAUUCUGAUUUUAUUCUGAAUGAUGGUGACCUUACCGUGACAUAUGGUGAUACAACAAUAACUGCAAAUGGUUCUUCUGGCCCACAUACAGCUACCACUAACCUUGACAGCAGGAGAACAAAAAGUAGUUCGGAGGAAGCACUGGAACGUGAUUUGGGAGCAGCAGAUCAUGAAGUUACAAGCAGGGGUACCCGGCUAGUAUUUCCUCUGGAAUACAAUGCAUGAUUACUGACUCAGUAAAAAUAACUCUUGCUCUGUGAAUGGAUCAAGGAAGACUGCAGGCCACUGUGUCACUUGAGGUGGGGGUGUUCAUUUAAACAAAUUAACACGCAUAAGUGGUUUUACUAGGGUCUGAAGAUGUCACCUAUUUUUUACUCAAGAUGCUGACAGUGGGGUUUUCUAUAUGUCUGAAAACAGACAAAUGAGAAAACUGGUUAUUCUCCUCUUUCCAACUGCUUAUCAAAUCCAAGUAUAACUAGCAUGCUGCAAUUGUCUUGUUCAGCUGCAGCAGCUCUCUCUCUGAAGAGAGGUACAUGAAAAUGUUGUCAUAGAACUGAGCUUGUCUUGGCUUAGCUUGAGAAUGUGAAAGGACAACUAUAAACUUGAUAAUUAUUAAGAGACAAAAAAGAUUGUGUAUGUAUCUGAAUGUGGAGAGAUCCCUUGUUAACUUCUCUCAUGAGGCUGAGGAAACUCAAGUGAAAUGGGACAGUAAACUUCAGGGUUACAGAUGUGUGACUGAAAGACUGGGGAAUCUGUUACUGCAAAAUGUACUUAAUCUAUUUCAGGGAAAAAAAGGGAAAAUAAAAUUUCUUUGCUGGCUAUCUGUCUAAGUAGGAAGGCAAUGAGAGCUACUUGUCCCUUUAGCUUUGGGCAACUUGACUAUUACUCUUAGCCUAACUUCUAGUGCCUCAAAAGAAAAACAUCCAGCUUCCUGUGGUGUAAGAUGUACCUGAAGCCGACAUGAGCCUGGAGCCAGGCUCCCUCGGGUAGCAGUCACAAAGUAAAAUUUUCUUGCAUAUGAAGAUGGUUGGAAACUUGGGCUGGGGAAAACAGCAGAUAGGAGGAGGAGAGAAAAAAAGAGAGAGGGGCAGUGUUGAACUUGCAUGGAACCAGAAGGUUUCAUAUUGCUCAGAAGAAUCCAUGGACUCUGCUUACAGUUCUUGUGUGUGAUAAACAGCAAACAUCUAAUUAAACAGAUGAACAAAUACUACUGUUUUUACCAUUUGUGACUAUCCUAAAAGAAAGCUGUUUACCCUUGUUCUCUUUCUCAGAGUAGAUGUGAAACUUCAGUGGGGCAUUGCACAACAGCAUAUAAGCUACAGAAGUGAUGAACUGUAGUUAUCAUCUUAAAUGUGAAAAGGGAAAACUCUCUGACUAGUAUUUAGCCCAUUUACAUGUAGGCUAGCUUUAACUUAUUGCUAAAUGCUUUUUAAUUUCCAGAUGAGGAGAUAAUCAUUGUCUUUGCCAAUAGCUGAAAAUGUAUGCUUUGAAGAGCCUUUCAGCUAUUUGAAGCAUGCUAAAAUGUGAUUUCAUUCUCAUGUCUCAAAAGAUUUAUUUUUUUAAAGAGUUUGUGGCCCACUAAUGUGAUGUAAUAUCAGUUUGUCCAAAAAGUGUGUUUUUCUUGCUGCCAUUUCAGUUGUUCCUCUCAUAAAAUUGUGUGUGAGUAAAUACCCACUGUUUUUCCUUAACUAUUAAACUUAUUGGGCUAACCUCAGUACGUGAA